AAAAAACACCUCACCCAUCUCUUACCUCAUUGUACCUUUUUCCAAAUAGGCAAAUUCUCUUAUAGAUUCUUGAAUUUUAGCAUCUGGGGUAUCAAAAUCUUUAACUUGGUGUUUUUUUUUUUUUUUUUUUUUUCUAGCUCAAGAAGGCACCUUUAUUUUGGUAAAUUUUUAAGGGGUUAUAGAAAAGUAGCUGAAGUUUCUUGAUUCAUCAGUUUGUAGGAGAAAAGUCAUAGUAUUUGGUAGUUACUUUAUCAAUAACUCAAAUUUGUGUUUGAAUUUGCUUCAGAAAUGGUUAAAGAAAGGUUCUUUGGAUAGUUUUUUCUUAGUUGGGUUGCUUUUUUUAACCCAUCAAGAAGGGUAAAAGUUGAUUUAAGUUUGAGGAGAUAUACAAAUGAGGGAUUUUGCUGGUACACCGGGAACUUUGAUUGGGCUAUUUCUGAGGAUGGCUCAGUGCUUUUUUGCUGCUGGUUCAAUUGCUUCAAUGGUUACUUCUAAAAAUUUCUUCAAUGUCACAGCUUUUUGCUACUUAAUUGCUUCAAUGGCUUUGCAAGUUAUCUGGAGUAUCGGACUUGCCUUUUUGGACGCCUAUUUCCUGGCAAAGAAGAAGGCUUUCCACAAUCAUGUUUUACUGAGCCUCUUUGUAGUUGGAGACUGGUGUACAGCAAUACUAACGCUCGCUGCAGCAGCUUCUUCAGCUGGCAUAACGGUGCUGUACUUUCACGACUUGGGAGGCUGCAGUUUUGGCGAGGAAUGCACCAAGUACCAGUUAUCAGUUGCAUUUUCCUUCCUCAGCUGGAUAACGAUUUCCAUAUCUUCUCUAAUUAUGUUCUGGAUAUGGGCUGCCGGUUAGAUAAUUCCAGUGUACUGAUACAUUUGUUCCCAUGAUCUUCAUUACUGUCCAAUUUUGAAGUGUGAAUAAGAAAAAUUUAGGAAUGAGAGUGUUCAUUUGCAUACUUACACUCCAGAUUGUUUUUUUUUUGUCCUUUCCUCGUCGGUAUAGAAGAAACUGUAAUUGAUCACUUGAUGUUAAUUGAGGAAGGCCUUUUUGUCCUGCUGACCUUAACUCAACAAUGUUCAUGGUUAUGUUAUUUGGCUUUGUAACUAUCUUA